UUUAAGAGCAACCCUAACCGCUUCCAGGCCGGCCACGUACAAGUACAAGGAAUUGAUAAAAACGGAGAAUAACAAUUAAAUCAUGGAGCACAUGCAACGCUACGUUUCACCGAUCAAUCCAGCGGUCUUUCCACACCUGGCCACUGUUCUGCUCAUCAUUGGAACGUUCUUCACAGCCUGGUUCUUCGUCUUUGUGGUGUCCCGCAAAAGCACCAAGGAGAGCACAUUGAUCAAGGAGCUGCUGAUCAGUCUGUGUGCCUCGAUAUUCCUUGGAUUUGGCAUUGUAUUCCUCCUGCUAACUGUCGGCAUUUACGUAUGAGGCGAAAACAAAUGAGAUCAUUCCGUUUUAGAAGAGAUUUAUGCAUGAAUAAAAAAUUAUGUGUUGUGGGCGUGUUAACGUA